AUGGCCAACGAUCAGAUCAACCUGCCAUCGCUGGUGGUGAUACUCGUCCUGUCGGGUCUGAUCGUACGGUACCUAUUCUUCUCGUCGCCGCCCGGGAACCAGCAGCCGCGCGACUCUCUCUCGCAGAUGAGGCAGCGCGAGGCCGCCGUCGAGAGGAUACAGCAGAUGUUCCCGCAGGUGGACCGGAGGACCAUCCUAUGGGACCUACAGCGCAACGGGGGCAGCAUCGCGGCUACGACGGAGAAGAUACUCUCCGGGAGGAUGGAGACGCCACCGAUCACCUUCCAGCCCCCGCCCCCACCGGGCUCCAACGGAGCGUCGUCGUCAGCAUCGCAGCCAGGCUCCCGGAAACCAGCGGAAAAGCCGGCGCAACCGAAUUUGAUCCAGAGGUACAACCUGGAAGACAAGGUCAAGCAGCAGCAGCAGGGGGGGGAUGAGUCAUCUGGGGACGCAGCCGGCAAGAAGGCAUGGAGCAAUAGCAAGGACGAGCGGCAGUCGCUGCUGCAGAAGAGACGGGACGAGAUGAUCCUGGCUGCGAGACGGAAGAUGGAGGCCAAGAUCGCGGCCGAGAAGGCCGCGUCGGCGACCGGGUCCCAGUAG